UACAAGGCUUUGAAGAUGUUGUGGUAUCUGCCAUGGUCCGAGAGCAUCAAGAAAAGAGCGUGUAGAUAUCUUCUACAGCGGUAUCUCGGCAAGUUCCUUGAAGAAAAACUAACUCUCGAUCAGCUGAGUGUAGACUUAUACAAUGGAACUGGGACCGUUUCGGAUGUCAGCCUUGACUGCGAGGCCCUCAAUGAAUUGGGAGACUCGCAGAAUUGGCCAUUGGAGAUAGUAGAUGGUCACAUGGAAAAAAUCACAGUUACCAUACCAUGGUCUACAUUGCUGAAGGAUGAUUCCGUUGUUGAAGUUGAUGGAUUAUCCCUCACAGUGCAGCCUAAAGUACGAGCUGAGCCAGCAUCUUCAAUGUUGGAGUCAAUGUGGUCUUCCAUGUCCUCAUCCAUGCAGCUUGCUGAGGAGUGUCUUCGGGAGGAAGAGGGCCAGAACACUCUAGAAUCAAACCCUGUCGAGGGUAUCGAAAUGUUCGCCCAUGCCAUAGAUUCAAUACUCAGUAGAGUUAAAGUGAAAUUCGUCAAUACAAAAAUACGGAUAGAACAUGUUCCUAAGAAUGGCGAAAGGGGUAUAGCAUUAGAAAUUCACAUAGAAAACACUGAUUAUUUUGACGAAGCGGGCUCGGAGCCGUCACCAGACGUAACUGAAACGGAAAAGACAAAGACGUACAUAGUAGCAACUUAUACAAACAAAAAAAUAAAAUUCAACGGUAUCACGCUUUAUACAGACGAAUUCCCUUCAAAAUUACGCACUAUGGCCCGAAGUCUCAUCAUGGAAAAAUCGUCGGCUUCCCUAGUCGAUAAAGACUUACAAAUUGAGUCGUCAGAGGCAAACUAUCAAAGUGCUGUAUCUGACGUGUUCUAUGAAACUCGUAGCGUAAUAUCAACCAUUGAUCCUGACCCUAUAAAGGAGGUAAUUGAAGAAAAACCUCCAACGGAAUUCAUAAGAGAGGCAACGCCUGAAGAAAAGGCUAUGCAACCAGACCCUAUACUGUUUGCUAAGUUAACUGGACAACAGGAGUUGGCCUUGAAAAUAAAGCAUUCGGAAGAAAUAGAAGGACCUAAGGUCGAAGUGAGAAUGUUGCUGGGUUCCUUUGUUUUCUUCCUGUCACCGAGGCAGCUACAUACGUUGAUUGAGCUCGUUGAGGCUUUAAAUCAACCGCAUUUAGAAGACCGAAGUAACAUUCCAUUAAGACCGAACGGAGGUAAUAUGCAAUGUAAGCCGAUGAAGCGAGCUGACUUCCAGCUGAUUGAAGCUCAGCUGUUGGGAAACUUAGAGAGAGAGAGCGCCAGGCCCAACGUGGGCAUGUAUGGAUGGUCUGGACCCAGCUUUGAUGACAGUGACAAUGAAAGCGAAAGAUUCCACCCAAUGACAUCCGUUGGCAACCAAAUGGCGGAGAGUUUUUCGUCGUCCGUCAGCUCAAUGGGCACCAGCAUGAGUUCCAGCGUCAACGUGCCAAGCACGCAACCCAGGAUCAAACGUAAUAAGAAAGUUCCCCAUAUCGAUGGUGAUCCGACUGCAGAAGUCUCUCACAUUAGCUUCAGAAUCGCUUCAAUGUCCUGCGUGCUAUUACACAAGGAUAUUCUUACCACAACACCAAUGGGCAUAGAAUGUAUAUCGCCAGCAAGCGUGUACAAGAUGCAAGGGGCUUCGAAGGAGUUCUUCGAAAAUCUGCUACCUUUCAUCAUCAGCGAGGGCGGGAAGCAUGAGUUUCAGGCAGCUAAUGAGGCUAUUGAUAGAGCUACAGGAAAGAAUCAUUUGAGGCUAAUAACAUCCGAAAUGAGCCUCGAUGGCAGCGAGAAGGUGACGUCACACGGAAGUCAGACGGUUUGCGAGGCGUCCAUCAGACGCCUGUUAAUGCGCGAGUGUUUGUACUCACAAGGAACUGGCAUAUCGGAGGGCUUCGAUUUGAUUAGAUUUGAAUCUGUCGAUGAAGACGACAGAAAGUCGACGUCAUCCAGUGGCUCGUCUCGAGCCAACGUAAAAGUACAUUUCAAACAAACAUCCAAGUUCAUGCGAAUAUCCGGCGAGAAGAAACUCGUCUACCCUACCACCGAUAUAACUGUUAAAUGCAUGCCACUAAUCGUGGACGUGGAGCUAACUGUUAUGGAUCGCAUGACGGCGACGUUCUUCGGCGGGCCCCCCUCGCACCCCGUGCCGCCUUCCGCUACCCCCGCACCGCAGAAUCAACUCAACUUCACGCUUCAAUGCCCUGACCUUGGUGCUAUACUCAGAUUUCCAAUAGCAGACCUCCGCCCGGGUAUAAACCGGGAAAUUCGCCGCGUGAGGCAGGACUUCCUCGUGUUCCAGUUUGCAAACGCUGCAAUAAGCUCACAGCAAGUAUCGAGUGUGCGACCCUUACCUACCGUAAUCACGCUUAAAGCCACAACUGUGGAUUUGCAUUAUCACGAAAACGAUGACUUACCGUCGACCCACAUAGCCCGAAGUACUAUAGCUGAUGCAAUGGAAGGCGACGUCCUAAUCGGCAGCAAUGGCGGCACCAGCUCCUUACCUACAAUUUCCCUAUCAUUCCAACCUCGCAAGACCGCAAAAGGCCCAUUCGACCCUCUCGCUGUGAACGAGCGAUGCUUCGAGCCAACGAAUGCCAAUCCGAUGACUACAUCAAUGUACGUCAUGAAUAACUUGCAGAGCACCCAGCCGAGCCCAUUCAGUGGCAAGAAAACGGCACAUCAGAGCUUUACCAAGCACGAAACCAACGCAGAAGGUCAAGAAGAGGAAAUCAUCGUACCAGGCAACGAGGAAGAAAUGGCCGAGUUCACCACAGCAUCUGUGGAGCAUGCUGACAUACAUUUAGAUAUGAAUCUACCUAUUCUGAGCUUACAACUUGAGUCCAAGCAACUCUACGAAAUUAUAUACAACCGCAUAAACUCUGACUUACUUCUGUGGGAGCCUCUAAUCGUAGAUCAAUACGAGAUUAGCCCGCUCAUGACUGGAACCAUCUAUCCAGCCUUCAGUCUCUGCAAAGGUAGUGGUUAUGAUUCAGACUCCGACUCAUCGUCAUCGGAAGAAGAGAACCUCUACUACUCGACUUACGACAACAAGAUAAAGAAAGGUCUCACCGCCAAACCUCUGCCUGAGAAUAAAGACGAACACAACUUUUGUUUAACACUCAAAGUCGGGAAAGGAUUGCUGACUAUUUACGCACCAGUUAGGGACAGCAACAAGCGCGUAGUGCCAGGGCAAAUGGGCGAACUGGUUCUCGAAGCACAGAAAAUGUCAAUGUGCCAAGUGAGCGGUCUUAACGGAAAACCUAAAACCGCUCAAAUGUGUUUGCGUUCUGGGAAGACUACGUUGUACCAUGACUCUCUCAUAACAAUACCAACCGAAAAGCCAAGCCUACGCUUAUAUGGCACGUCGCUGCCGAUGAACUUGAAAAACACCAUAUUCCCUUCGGGCAAAGGAGUCGUUAUAAAGGAACGUCUAGCUUCCAAAGACAUGUUCUCAAUGGCGCUUAAGGUCGAUCCCGAUUCAGAGACACCUAACUUAAAAACUAUCUGCAUAGCCCUCGGUAUUGAGCAAGCAACACUCCGCCAUAGAGGCGACAAAGGCAUCUCCUGGUUAACGCAACUGAUGGACGUGAUAGAUGUGCUUGAUUACCCGGUGCCAGGGUAUUCGCCUUCCACCGUGCUGUCCGAACUGCACGUCCACGUUUGGGAUUGUGCCAUUGACUACAGACCACUUUACCUACCAAUCCGGACAGUGAUAACGCUAGGCAACUUCACAGUAUCAAGCAACCUCAUAGCAGCUACAAACACGUCCUGUCUACGAUUCCUCGCCCAAGAAUGCACAUUGUUCCUCUCCUACAUUAAUGGUACUAAACCCAACGUAACUGUACCACAGGACGAUGAUAAACUUCCUGAUGUGAAUAAGGACUACAUUUGCGUUAUCGAUGUGGGAUUGUUUGAACUAUCACUGAGAAUGGAAGAUAAAGCGACUUCUUCGAACGACCAACCUCAAGUAGACCUCAGCGCAUCAAACAACAUGGUGAACCUUUACACCUGCUGGGACUCUGCUUCUGCUUUAUGUCGGUUGCUGACUUACGUAGCGUCCGACGGCGACUCCCAGCCGCCAUUUGAUCCGUCCUCGAGGCAUACUAGCAUUUGCUCCGACCAACCGCUCGAACCGCUAGUGGGUCUAGACGACAGGCAAGUGGAAGAAAUAAGAGAAUUAUCUCCAAGUGAAAUUCAACAAGUCACCGACCUUAUGGCAGAAGCGUUAAAAGAGAGCCCUAACAACACACUGGACGAAGAAGACCUAAACAGCUCUACAGAGAAAGAGGGCGUGGAGGUAUUCUUUUUCCCGGACGAGUCCAACAUGAAGCAGAAGCAUAUGUCUUCCGAGACCAUGGACAAACCCAUCGAAGAUGACAAGACCAUAAACAAUGACAUAUUACUAUUGGGUGUCUUAGAAGAGGCCAUUGAAGCGAAACCAACUAACGCGCAAGUGGCUAAGGAUCUGGGAGACCCGACUUCAACGCCUAAAGGCACUCCGAAAAAAUCCAAACGGAAAAAGCUAAAAUCAAGCGGCGACAGCAGCAAUACUGACGACGAAUACUGUAUAAUAGAAUCUCAACACCCGGAAGAAGACGACGAUCUCGCCGAGCCAAUAGUGAGGUGGUUCGUACCGCAACCGAUACCGUAUAUUGAGAACCAUUUCAAUAAACCAGCUGCAAGAACUGACGUGCUUGCAGCGCCUAAGAGUUUUCCACUGCCGGUACUUAGAUACACACUAUGCGAAAUGAGUUUGACGUGGAACAUGUUCGGCGGCACGGACUUCAAGUCGGCCACUGACGCUGCAUCUACUAAGAAAACUGUCACCAUCGAAGGCGACGCCCGGAAACACGGCUCACCUACUGCUACUAAACGCAAUAAGGAAUACGAGCCUUAUGAAUCUGGUCGUUCGGUAACUGCUGCGUACAGUAGACACGGCGUAAGCUGGACUGCCGGCGCUGAACGCGUACGGCCUAACACUCAUCAGCAACCCAAACAGCGUAACUGGCGCUCUCGUGGCGGACCACUUCGCGAUCAUCACACUUGCGUCAAACUUUGUCUCACUAAGUUAAAAUUCGUUCACGAAACAUACCCACCCGGAGGAACGCAAGCGUCACGUCAGACCCUUGCGAUCACUAAAAUCGAAGUGCUAGACCAGUUGGAUUGUAGCAAUAUCAACAAGCUAUUGAGUCAGUACAAGCUUAAAGACGAACCAGAGAGGAAAAACGCACAUAUGCUAAUAGUAAAAGCAGUCCACAUGCGUCAACUCGCGUCGCUGAGCGCGCAAGAAUGCUGUCUCAAAGUAUCGUUGUUACCGUUGCGGUUCAAUCUCGACCAGGAUACUCUUGCGUUUCUGGUUGGAUUUUUCGGGAAACUCGGCACUGACGAAGCAUCUGAUGAAGACACGAAAAGUGUAAGCGGGCUUUCAACUGACUCGAGCGGAUCGCGUCAGACGACGCCGACCCAUCGUCCACCAGUGAUGAGUAUCGGCAGUCAUCUACGCGACCCACCACCGACACCCACUUCACUUGGUGAUGCGGACGCUCUAUCGCUCAAUGAAGCUGUAAUCCGCGACGAAGAACCCUUAAUGGAGACGUACGAAGCCGAACGACUUGUGUCGGAGAACCUAAUCCAGCUGGAGGAGGACUUCAACCGGCUGGGCAUCAACCAGGAGAAGCCGCCGACCAAACAGCUUCGCGACACGGAGCCUGUCGACGACUCGCCGAUAUAUUUCAGGAGAGUGGUAUUCUCCCCCGAGGUCCCCAUCCGGCUGGAUUACGUGGGCAAGCGCGUCGACCUGUCGGCUGGGCCCGUUGCCGGCCUGCUCAUGGGGCUCGGCCAGCUCAACUGCUCCGAGCUCACCCUUAAGCGGCUCGAUUACAGAUUCGGCCUGCUAGGUCUGGAGAAACUAGUGCAGUGGGCACUCCACGAAUGGCUUUCCGAUAUCAAGCGUCACCAGCUGCCCGGCCUGUUAAGUGGCAUCGGGCCUAUGCACUCGCUAUUGCAACUCAUAACGGGCAUUCGCGACCUGUUCUGGCUGCCUGUAGAGCAGUGGCGUCGCGAUGGGCGACUGGUGCACGGCCUGCGCCGCGGCGCUGCCUCCUUCACCGCAAGGACUGCUGUCGCAGCGUUGGACAUCACUACGCGCAUAUUACAACUCAUACAGGCGACAGCAGAAACAGCAUUCGACAUGCUGACCCCAGGCCCCACACUGGCUCUGCAAGACGCGUACCAACGUCGCGAGCGACGCAGACGACGGCGUCAUGAUCCCGCACGGCACCCCACCGACAUUCGAGAGGGAGUCGCCAGCGCCAUACACACCGUCAAAGAGGGUUUCGCGGAAACGGCAGCAACCAUGGCAAUGGCAGCCCGCUGCGAGAGCGGUGUGGGCGUCCUCCGGCAUUUGCCCGGCGCGGCAGUGACACCACUGGCUCUGGCCGCCGCCGGCGCCGCCGACGUACUGGGCGGUGUUCGAGCCCACCUUGCACCGCAUUCUGCGAGGGAUUCUGCCGAUAAGUGGCGUCAGGGACCUCCCUCGUAACGCACACGAACUGCCAUCGCACUCCAUACACAGAAAUACUAUUUUUUACGUAACGAUCUCUCCCAUCCACUCCGGGCGGUGACGGUUCAUCUAGAUUUAACGAUUGCUCAGUUUAGUUUAAUAAUUAAUCCGAGUAAGUAUCAGCGAGAGAUGAUUUAAACAUGGCAUUGCACGUAGCCCUUGCCCGGGUGCUACAAGACAAAUGGCAAAUCUUAAUUUUCUAGAUUUAUUCAUCAGUCAAUCAAAUAGACUAAUAUUUCACGCGGUUCCUGAUUGGUUAUAUAAAAUAACCACACGACACGUGAGAUUCUGAUACUUCUAUACCUACCAAACAUUUCCGUAUUCUUAUGAGCUCUCGCUGGACUGUGAAUAGUAUGAAAGAAUACCACACGCAACGAUGUACAUUUGUAACGAUGAUGUACAAUUUUAAGACAAGUAAUGGCAGCAUUCUAACCUUAUUUUAAAUGUGUAAAAAGGUAAGAAAGUGUUUUAAAAGAAUAGUAGAAAAAAAUUGAAAAAAUUUUCGGUAUCGGUAUCAAAGUUUAGUUUGGUGAAUUUAAAACUUCUACUGAUAGUACAAUUUUAUUUGACUUUGAAGCAACAAAACCUUUAAAACUAAAC